AUGGUUGGAGGUUCUACUGGAAAUUCGCCAUUGUCCGCCCGUCGUCGCAAGGCCCUUGCCGGUGCUUCCGGAUGGGCCGGGCUUGUCCACAAUCGCAAAGUAUUUUCCAUUGCCGUCUUUGCUUCUCUGGGAGGAUUGGCCUCAGCUGAUAUUCUUUCUCAGGGUGUCUUUUCCAGCGUUGUUGACAUGUACUCCUUCGAUCAACGGAUGGGUACUGCCGUCUCUGACUCAAAUAAAAAAGGAUGGUUGGUCGCUAUACUGGAGCUGGGAGCUUGGUUCGGUGUUCUAAUGACAGGUUAUUUCGCCGACAAGUUAUCCCGCAAGUACACUAUCUUUCUGGCUGUCCUUGUAUUUUGUGUAGGGGUUAUUGUUCAGACGGCGGCCCAAAAACCCUCCUCUAUUUACGGUGGCAGAUUUGUAACUGGUCUUGGCAUUGGUUCCACCAGCAUGGCAGUCCCGCUCUAUAAUGCAGAGCUGGCGCCUCCAGAGGUACGGGGCAGCCUGGUAGCGCUCCAACAACUGGCUAUUACGUUCGGAAUCAUGGUCUCCUUCUGGAUCGAUUAUGGCACAAAUUAUAUCGGCGGCACCGGUGCAGGACAAAGUGAGGCGGCCUGGAGACUUCCAUUGGCACUUCAACUAGUACCAGCAAUCAUACUUGGAUGUGGGAUCCUCUUCAUGCCAUUCUCACCUAGGUGGCUGGUCAACCAAGGACGAGACGAUGAUGCCCUUACCGUGCUCAGCAAUCUUCGAGGACUUCCCAAGGACGAUGAACUCGUGCGCAUCGAGUUCCUCGAGAUAAAAGCGCAAUACCUGUUCGAAAAAGAGAUAUCCGAAGCAAAGUUCCCUCAAUAUCAGGAUCCGUCGUUCAUCUCACAAUUCCGGCUAGGGUUACACGGUUAUUUAAGCUUGAUUCUCGAUCGAAAUUUACUUUGGCGUGUCGCUGUUGGCUCAUUAACCAUGUUCUUUCAACAAUGGACCGGGGUCAACGCUAUUUUGUAUUACGCGCCUAGCAUCUUCGAAUCCCUAGGUCUAACCGGGAACACCACGUCUCUUCUCGCAACAGGUGUCGUUGGUAUCGCUAUGUUUUUGGCCACGAUACCAGCUGUCUUGUUCAUUGACCAGUUGGGACGGAAGCCAGUACUUGUCUCAGGGGCCUUUUUAAUGGCUGCAUGCCAUAUCGUCGUUGCUAUCUUGACUAGCAUAUUCCACGACAUCUGGCCGAGCUUCAUUGCUAUUUCAGCGGCUGGAUGGGUAGCUUGUGCUUUCGUUUGGAUUUUUGCCAUGGCCUUCGGUUACAGCUGGGGUCCUUGUGCCUGGAUUAUCGUCGCUGAAAUAUUCCCUCUGAGUGUCCGAGGCAAAGGGCUGUCCAUCGCUGCCUCCUCGAAUUGGAUGAACAACUUCAUAGUCGGUCAGGUAACACCAUCGAUGUUGACUCACAUAGGAUAUGGGACUUUCGUUUUCUUCGGAAUUUUCUCGUUCCUAGGCGGCUGCUUCAUUCUGUUCCUGGUCCCAGAAACGAAGGGAGUAAGUUUGGAAGAAAUGGAAGAAUUGUUUGGUAAUACCACCAAUCUGGCCGUGGAGGAUCUUCGCCGUCUUGAAGACAUCCAUCGGCGCCUUAGCUUGAGUAUUGAACCUGUCGAUGAGAAGCAUGAUGAAGAAGGUGGCAAGGUAUCCCAUGAAGAGAAGGUUGAGGAGUAG